CGUCUGCCUGGCAGCGCGGUUCUGGAACGCGUAACGCUCGUCUCGUCUCGAGAAAUAAAUUUUUCCAACUCGGGACUUAAUUCGGUUUUCGUAUCGAUUCGGAUCGGAUCGUGGCGCGCUCCCAGUUUUUUCAAACCUGUCGCAACUAUUUUGGAAUCCCUCUUUUCUAUACACUUGUGCAAGAUUGCGUGCCGCUUUGAGAAGCGCGUAAAAAACCAUUUGGAAAAAAAAUAUUUCGAAAGUGGUGGCCACUCUAAAAAAGAGAAAAAAUACAGAAAUUGGCAACAUUGGUAUAUUCCUGUGCGAGAGAGAGGAAGAUUCGUGUGGCCCUGUAAUUAGCCAACAAUUUGUCGAAAUCCACUCCGCCAUCGAGUCUGUGGGCGUGGGAUCUGUGCAGCCAGCAAAUCGAUAAUUAUAAAACAUUUACCUGACCAAGAUGGAUGAUCCCAAAAUAAUGAACAUCAUGAAUGGCAUGAAAACGCUGGAAGAUCAUUGUCAGCUCAUAAAUGACGUGAAGGACGAGUCGCCCAUGCAAAUGUUCUACAAGGACAAGGGUGUCUUCCUCACUGGCGGCACUGGGUUCUUUGGCAAAAUUAUCAUCGAGAAAUUGUUGCGCGUCACGGAGGUGGGACAAAUCUAUUUGCUGAUACGCACCAAGAAGGGCAAGGAUGCCUUCGCCCGAAUCGAGGAUCUGUUCAAUGAUCCGGUCUUUGCCAAGAUGAAACAGGUGAACCCCAAGUACCGCUGUCAGAUCACCAUCAUCAGUGGCGAUUGUUCUCUACCCGGACUGGGAAUCACUCCCGAUGAGCGCGAGACGAUCCUGGAAAAUGUCAAUAUCGUCCUUCACAGUGCGGCCACCGUGCGUUUCGAUGAGAAACUCAAAAUGGCCAUUGCCAUUAACGUGCAUGGCACAAAGGAAAUCAUUAAGCUGGCCAAAGAGAUUGUUAAUCUGAAGGCUUUGGUUCAUGUCUCCACAGCAUUUGCGCACUGCAACUUGCGUCACAUCCAGGAGAAGUUCUACAGCGGCACAAUGUCCGCCGAGAAUGCCUUUAAGCUGAGUGAGUGCCUCGAUGAGCACACGCUUAACAUCCUGACGCCGACCAUCAUUAAGGGGUAUCCGAACACAUACACCUUCACCAAAGUCCUGGCCGAAAACGUAGUGCAACAGAGCGCACAAAACAUGCCAGUCACUAUCUUUAGACCGGGCAUUGUGAUCACCACGUACCGCGAACCGGUGACUGGCUGGAUCGACAACAUGUACGGUCCCUGUGGAGUCAUCGUGGGCAUUGGAUCCGGAGUUCUCCGCGUGUUUACGGGCGAUAUGGACAAUAAGGCACACAUCGUACCGGUGGACAUGUGUGUGAAUGCACUCUUGGCCAGUGCCUGGGAUAUAGCGCGGAACAAAUACGAGACGCCUCCGAUUUACAACUAUGUACCGGAUGCGGAGAACAUGGUCACCUGGAGGCGUUACAUGGAGGAUGGCUUUGAGUACGGCUGUGACAUACCGAUGCGGAAAUCAAUCUGGUAUCCGCGCUUCACCAUUGUGCCGCACAUGUGGCAGUACCACAUUCUGUGCUUCCUGUACCACACAUUGCCCGCCCUGGUCAUGGACGCCAUCAUGGUGAUAAUUGGCAAGAAGCCGAGAAUGAUGAAGAUCUAUCGCAAGAUCCACAAACUAAGCAAUGUCCUCAAGUACUUCAGUUCGAACGAGUUUCGCUUUGAUAACGACAAUGUCAGAAAACUUACGGAAAAGCUCGAUGAUCGAGAUAAGCGGAUCUUCUCCUUCGAUAUGCGCGAUCUGGACUGGACCAAUCUUUUCCGCGUCAGCCUCUACGGACUGCGACUGUAUGUAGUCAAGGAUGAUCCCAGUAAUAUUCCAGAGUCCAUCAAGCGCUACGAAAGAUUGAAGGUUCUGCACUAUACGACACUGGCUGUUUUCUAUUCGCUAGCUGCUUGGGCGCUUUUUGCCCUUGUAAAGCUCUUCUUAUAGGACCCUAUUAAUCUAUCUUUCGCAUUCGUUCUAGGGCAUAUCUUUUACUCCUCAAUCUUUUGGCGAAAACUCUAACAUUUCCGUUUCCGCAUUAGUUUUUAGUUAUAGUUAGUAGUAUGUAUCGUAUAUAUCGUUUGUAUGUUUGUACCAUAUCCAUAUGCCCAAAGUCAUAUGUUUGAAACGCUUUAUCCGAAUCUUGUAUAGCUUAGUUUGUACGUCCCUUAAUGUAAAUUUGAUAAAGUUGAUGGCGCAAUGUGGAUUUAGAUGAUUGAAUAUGAGUACAAUAAAAACUGCUUCAGAUUUUGUUUGGGAAA